UUAAUGUGGUCUAUAUACUCGUAUGUAUUUAGUAAUAUAACCUUCAAACAAUUAAUCCAUAAAAUGUACUGAAUGAAACUUAGCCGGCUAAUGUUUUACAUUUUCUAAUAUUAUGAAAACAUUUCUACGGAUUUUAGUAAUGUUUAUAAUGACGUGUCUUUUGAACUCAGGAGCAUUUUGUUCAGUACUAUCAGUAUCAUUUAGUACUACGUAGUCAUUGAAAGCAAAUUUUGUAUUUUUUCUACCGAUAUUAUUAUGAGUUUCUAUGAAAUUGUCUUCUGUUUGUCUAUCUGUAUAGUUAUUAGUGCUUCUAACAGUGAUAGUGUGUUUGUUAUUGAAACUAAUGGAACGAAAAUUAUUGGGAGAAAGUUGGUUACAGUUUUCGAAAACAAACCUUUUGCAGCAUUUUGGAAAAUUCCUUAUGCUGCUCCUCCGCUUGGAAAGUUAAGGUUCAAGCCACCAAAUCCAGUCCGUUGGUUCAACAAACCAGUGUACAACUACAGCGUGCCAUACAAUGAGAGUUGUGCCCUGGGUUUCACAGAAGAUUGUCUCUACCUGUCCAUUUACACACCAAUUAACAAACAUACAACCCUCGUUCCAGUCAUUGUAUGGAUCCAUGAAUACGCCUAUACACAUGGUCCUGAUUUUCUAAUAGAUGAAAAUGUCAAUGUGGUCACAGUCUCGUUUCGCACGACAAUUUUUGGAUUCCUCAAUACUGGAGACAGUUUUGCUAGUGGCAACAUGGGAGCUAAAGAUGUUCUUACUGCUCUGAGGUGGAUUAGAGACAAUAUAGGGUACUUCAAUGGAGAUAUAAAUAAGGUCACUGUAUUUGGAUCAGGGUCUACCGCACCCAUAGUAGCUUCUCUCCUAUUGUCUGCAGCUGGAGAGGAUUUAUUUAGUAGACUGAUCAUCCAAGACGGCAGUGCUUUAUCUCCAGCCGACUACAGAAGUUACAACUUCGAGAUUAUGAAUAAAUUAUACUGGAAUCUAAACGGACCAUUCGAAAAAUUCAAUAGAACCAAGUUGUACGAAUUACUCUCAAAGAGCUCAGUGAAGCAAUUGUUUGCGGCCAGUUACGAUCUGUUCGAUAGUACCGAAGUUCGAGAUAAUCAGAGGCUUAUCAAUUCAUUUUCCCCAACUGUCGAAGUAUCAGGAAAAGGUGCUUUCAUGAACAAAUUCCCCUUCGAAGUAUACAAGCGAAAGAUUACCAAUAAUGCGGUGGAAGUUAUGAUAGGAUACACGAACUUAGAUUCCCUCCACAAACUCGAUGGUUUCGUGAGAAACAGGAAACUCUUGAAGUAUUUAAAUUAUAACUUUCAGUAUUUAUUACCUUUCGAAGGGAGGAAAGACGAAUACGGAUCGAAGCUGUAUAGGAAGAUACGAAAGAAAAUAAUGGAUUUCUAUUUUGUUAAUGGGACUGUCGGGGAGAGGAGUUUGAGGAGGUACGCGAAGUAUGUGUCGGACCAAGUGAUUUAUCCGAUACUCCGGCAGGCGAGCCUGCAGAGCCAAGUGUCGUGUAGUAAUGUUUACCUGUACCGCUUCACCCACCGCGGGCCCUUCAGCAUCGUGUGGAACACGUACCUUCGCAAUUUGAACCUGAACGGAGCCACUUCGGGCGACGAAAUCUGUUACCAAUUUAAAUGUAAAUCUUUGAAGGCUGCCUACAAUACAGUGGAGGUUCCAAAUGAAAGGCUCUUAAUUAAGAAGAUUGCGAGAUUAUUGGCGAAUUUCGCUAAACACGGAAACCCAACUCCACAUCCUUCAGAUCCCGUCCUCGAAGACUUGCAAUGGUUGCCAUUGGAGCCAAGUAAAAGUAUGAGGGUCCUCAACAUUGGUUCCACGCUGAAGAUGGUCAAACUGCCUGAGCAGGAAAGAAUGUUGUUCUGGGAUCGAUUAAGAAACGAUUUUUUUCCUUCUAAAGAAAUAAAUGAUGAACUGUAAACACAAAAAUACUAAAGUAAUUAUUAUGUUUUUCGGCAUAUUCACGUAAUUAUUUGAUGAGGAACUCGACUAAUUUCAUGCCAUGCUAGAGGCUUAUAUUCAUGAGCAGCAUCCUGCAACAUACGACGCGACCUGACAACGUGUAUUCCAGACCACAAUAUAUCCCUGUUCCAAUUUUCAUCCUGAUCCUUUCAGCCGUUUUAACGUGAUUGAGUUACAAACA